AAGAAAUCUUAGAAAUAAAAGGACCUAUACAUAUGUGCUUCACUUAAGCUUUCGAUGCUUUUGAACCUUGACUUGUAACAAAGUAUUUCUGCCCUGAAGAAAUACAAUGAAGAAUGUAUACAUGUAGUGGUCAUAAAGUUACAGUCUGUAGUUCCCUGUGUAUUACGACAUGAUACUUGAAGGCUGGGAGAAAAAAGUUUCAGGUGUUUUUUUUUUUUUUUUCGCUUCAACAAGGGGAAACCAGCAUCACACAGAGACAUUCUGUGUUUAGUGGCUUAACCCACAGCACGGAGCUCUGUCAGCAUGACUUCUUUCAGUGACCUCCAUAUGCUUCUUUCAGUCGUACUGAUAUGGUUUAUAAAUUUCAAGUCUUGCUUGUGUCAGGAUGAUGAUAAAGAAGAUACAACCCCCUUAUACCCGGAUUACAAUUUAACUUUCAGUAUGGAUUAUUCGUCCUUUCCUCAGCUCUGUGUCAAAGCAUCCAACCGCAAGUUUCGCUUCUGGUUCAUGUCAAUCUUUUACUCAAUCAUCUGCUUCCUGGGGCUGGUUGGGAACCUACUGGUCAUCCUCACCUUCCUCUACUUCAAGCGUCUCAAGACCAUGACUGAUGUGUACCUGCUCAACCUGUCAUUCGCAGACCUUCUCUUUGCUCUCACGCUCCCCUUUUGGACAGCGAACUCUGUUGCAAAAUGGGUGCUGGGCAUAUUUGUGUGCAAAGCCAUGAACACCAUUUACAAAGUCAGCUUCUACAGCAGUAUGUUCCUCCUCUCCUUCAUCAGCGUGGACCGCUACUUUGCGAUCUCCAAGGCAGUCUCUGCUCACCGCCACCGCUCCAGAGCAAUGUUUCUCAGCAAGGUCUCGUCAGUAAUCAUCUGGGUGGUGGCGCUGAUCUUCUCCAUACCAGAAAUGACCUACACCAACAUAAAUAACAACACCUGCACACCUUAUUCCAGCAGUUCUGACCCACUCCGUGUUAGCCUCCAGGCCAGCCAGAUUGUUUGGGCUUUUUUCCUUCCUCUCCUGGUCAUGAGCUUCUGUUACAGCAGUAUUGUUCACACCCUCUGCCAGGCUCGUAAUUUUGAGCGAAAUAAGGCAAUCAAGGUGAUUCUCGCUGUUGUUGCUGUCUUCCUUGUCUGCCAGCUGCCUUAUAACCUGGUUUUAUUUUGGAACACAAUUGAAACAGCUAAAGGGGGAACCAAAGAUUGUGACUAUGAAAACCGUCUCCUCUACGCGACUGAUGUCACUCAGUGUGUGGCCUUCCUGAGGUGCUGCCUGAAUCCUUUCGUCUAUGCCUUUGUUGGUGUGAAGUUUCGUCAUGACCUCCUGAAGCUGCUGAAGGACUUUGGUUGCAUGAGCCAGGAGAGGUUCUUCAGGUACACCUGUGGCAGGAGGAGGAGCUCGGGGAACACAGACACUGAGACUACCACCACCUUUUCACCUUAAGCUGUUUUAUUUUGGACCAAAGCUGACUCACGCCUGCACGCCAGACAAAGGACAGCCGCCCAUUAUUACAAAAGUCUCAAUAAAAAGGACACAACAGUGUUUGCCACGCACUUGGGCCAGCCGCAAAGGGAUAUUUGUCUGUCUAUUUUGUUAAUGCAUCAAUUGAAGAGUGACCUCUGUUAAACAUGAACCUUCUCAUGUCACUGUUUUAAAAGUUAUAUCAGGCUGGUUGCUGUCGAUAUCAUUCUGCUAUCUCAGUUUUGGAUCACUGCAAAAUGCUAUGUCAUACACAAGUCUAGUCCACAUGCAGAUCACCUGUAGUAGCUUAAUAUUGAGUUCAGAAUCCAGAGAGGAAGAAGUGUAGGAGGCGGGUGUGUUAAUAGAUUACAUAACAUGACAGGGCAAUGUGUUUCAAUAUUUCCAAUAAGACCUGUGCCCCACCCUGCGUGUCACCACCUCCCCCGCCACAGGUACAGCAUAAUUCUGUGGGAAACUAUGUAUUCACAGUAUGUAUAGAAGAAAUGUAUCAUUGUUGCUGUUUUUUGUUUUAGUUUGUAGUUUCUCUUUGUUGGUGUUUUUUGUCAGUAAUGAUCAAAGAUGGAUUAUUUUCUUCUUUUGGCUGAAAUAAUAGAGGCUUCAGGAAUUUAGUUUGACCUAUUUUAUAAGUAAAAACUAUGUGCAUUUAUCAACCUAAACAAAGCACAGCUCUCUACUUUUCUUAUACCUUUCUUUUCUGUGUUGUAAAAUAUUUGAAAACUUUAAGAAAUAAGAUCAAACGCACUUCAACAAGACUUUGUGUGUCCUAAUUACAUCUGUGUUAAAAAGCUGUACAAAAAGAAUUGAUGUGAAUAAAUAAACAAUGGCAAUUUUACAUUA